AGCGCGCGACAGAGGGCGGCACAACCAUUCAUGCAACAAAACGGUGCAAAACACGGUCAUCGAGCGAGAUAUAGUGUAAUGCGGUUAAUUUCACUUUCACUGCUGAUAUCAUCUAUGUUUUUGGUUAUGUCAUUGGUACCAUGCAGAGCGUGAAGUCACUGCCGUUCAUUCACUGGUCGAGAAAAUACCUUUGUGUCGUGUUAAAACUUAAAAUAUUCAAUGUUUAAUCAACUUGUAAAUCUGAAUGCCUAAAACUCUAACACUACAGUGACAUUGUAGUAGUAAUCGGCAGUGCAGUCCUCCGUGCACGUUUAUACCGGGGAAAAACACAACGGAGACUACACCACGUCCUACUACGUGUACGAACCCCCCCCCCCCCCCCUUUACCUUGGGCUGCUUACACGGUACAAUACCUAUCCCACUCUCCCCAUUUAACUUCUAAAACCUCCCGUGGUACGGUCGGUGUGCACUUUGUGUGGUGUAACUACUGACUGUUGUUUUGGUCGUUCGCAAGUUGGCCUUCUUGCUCGCCCUGUUGAAUCGCUCUGCCUCUGGUACAUGAUCUGAAGAACAGGAGUCUGGAGACGUUUCUGCUGAUUUGAUAGGAAGACACCAUCAUCCAGCCAGACCACCUAACCUUCACAACGCCAUCCACAUCCACACAAGCAUCAGUUAUUCCUACUAAAAAAUUUACGGAGAAGCUUUAUUGCGACCAAGUUGUCAAACUCACAGACACCAAGUAUGAAAAACAAUGGGUUCCUGAAUGAGGAUGAAAAACUCAAAUUGGUUGGUACUAGUCCAUAUGCGAGUCAUCACAGCAGCGGGGGAGGCGAGGGUGAUGGUAUGACGCUGGUGACAGCGAAGCAGCAGCCCUCUACCAGCGGCUCAUCCACAACUGCUGAGAAGACGCCCCUGUAUCGAGACCCUUUAGAAGCACAGUCAAUGCUACCUGGCAUGAGUCAAGCGUAUAAGUCACUCAUCACAAGCAUUGGGGAGGAUCCUGACAGACAAGGAUUGAAGCGGACACCUGAGAGAGCUGCCAAGGCUCUGAUGUUCUUCACCAAAGGGUAUGAACAGAAAAUUCAAGAUGUGAUCAACGAUGCGAUAUUUGAUGAAGAUCACGACGAGAUGGUAGUGGUCAAAGAUAUUGAGAUGUUCUCGUUGUGUGAGCAUCAUCUCGUUCCUUUUAUCGGCAAGGUUUCAAUUGGAUACCUCCCAAAUAAACGUCUUUUAGGCCUCAGUAAACUAGCAAGGAUUGUUGAGAUUUACAGCAGAAGGUUACAAGUUCAAGAGCGACUGACCAAACAGAUAGCUUUAGCCAUGGUUGAAGCCAUUGCUCCUGCCGGUGUUGCUGUGGUCAUAGAAGCCACUCACAUGUGUAUGGUAAUGCGAGGUGUGCAGAAACUGAAUAGUAAGACCAUCACCAGUACAAUGCUUGGAGUGUUCAGAGAUGAUCCUAAGACGAGGGAGGAGUUCUUGUCGCUGGUUCACUGACAUGGGGAGCACUUCUUCCACCGAGUCUUCUUGAUCUUUGUUUCUCUUUUUUUUUAUUCUCUCUUUGGGUGCGAGGGAAGAGUUGUGGGGAAACGUUGAAAUUAAAGAGAAUGUGGAAUUGUCCGAUGUUUUAAAGUUUUGAUUGUGGUCCCUCCUUUUCAACAGAAGUGUCAUAUGUUUUCAACAGAAGUAUUAUUAGUCUACUAAUAAUCUGUAUAUAAAGCAAAUAGAGACUAGUUACAUGGUUUAUGGAUUGUUAUGAAAAAUAAAAUCACUCUAUUGUGAUUUGGAAAUCAAUGUUCGGACUAAAAACCAGGGACGAUUGUUUCAAAAGAGAAGCAGUCACUCCCUUUUUGUAAACCACAUUGGUUUCUGUUUAAUGAGGUUUUGGAGAAAAACUAUAUGCUGCCCCAUUCAACUGCUAACACGGCGCACCAUUCAUUGCCCCUAUUUGGGAGUCAAAAAGUUCACAAAGAUCAUUGACCUCCAAAAUAGUGCACUUGGUUGAGGUGCUUUCCAUGUCUGCAAGGGGUCAAAUACUUUUUUUUCUAUCUUGACCAGUAAUAUUUAAACAUCUACAAUUAAUACUUGCCAAUCGAUCAAUAUUGACUAAAAAGGGACUUUGGUUUGUUGGCAUAGCGAGACAAAGGGAUGUGUCAGUCAGUUGUACUGUAUUAUAGUGAUUGUGUGUUUAUCUGCCAUUUACAGGCCUAAUGCUUUAUGGAGGCAAUUGCCACCAUUGCCCCCUUAUCUUUGCAUUGGUGCCCCCUUAAGCAUUCCAAUACAAAGUCCAAAUUUCCUUGAAGAGGAACUUUACAACAACAAAAUUGAAUGAAGCCCCCCACUUUUCAACAAAAAGUACAGACGUGGAGUAUAGCCUACUCGUAAUCUGUAUAUUAAGCAAAUAUCUUUUCAGAAUUUGCCAGAGACUAAACACACAAAAUUUAUCUGUUUACACUAGAGAAAAAAGGGCUGGUGCCCUUGCCCUUUCAAGAACAAAGCAUCGGGGCUUGUGUUUGCAAGAAGGAUUCAAGUUUGUCAUUUGCAUGUUUUGAUAAUGAGAAAAUGCCUUGAAAGACCCCCCCCAACCAGCUCCACAUUUCCUUCAUGCCGUAUAAAAAUAAAAAUUAGCCACUUGAACAAUUGUUUCCCUCCAUGUUGUCUUCCAAAAAAACUCUAUUAUACCAUCAGCAACUGAGACGUUGAUAUUUUGUAUGGGUCCUGUGUGUUCAACAGUUUAGUAUUUUAAACCUCUGUUGGGUUGUUGUGUGAUCCUUGGAGAAAACAAACCAUCAUUAUUGCUUCUAGUUUAACACGGCUUAUGAUGGAAACCAGCUGAACGACCGAGUACAUGUGGCGUGGCUGAGUGGUCAAGCGCACUGGACUUAAGCUCUGGUGUUUCUGAUCAGCAGAGUGUGGUUUUGAGGCCCAGUCAGGACACUUGUUUCCUUAUUAAAGACACUUAAUUAUUAUGGCUUCAAGUAAAACACACAACUUGUAAUUGAUAUUGCUGUAUUGAACUGAUGUUGGAAGACUUCUGGACACUUUUGUUCAUUUAAUAUUGGUUGUUAGUAAUCUCCACAGUUUAGAACUAUAUACAGCAACUUCCAACAUAAGUGACCCGCUCUGUGAAAAUGAGUCGGAUGUAUGCAAUUUCAGGAAUUGAGUUAUAUGCAUGGCUGGAAAGAACACA